AUGGUGGUUUUCAGAAAGGGUGACCAUGUGUGGCUGGACACUCAACCAAACAGUGAAUUUAAUGUCCCCAUUGGGGCAGUUGUGAAGGAAUCUGACUCAGGACGGAUCUUGCUGGAGGAUGAUGAAGGCAAGGAGCACUGGAUCACAGCUCGGAAUAUGCACAUGGUGCACCUGAUGCACCCCUCCUCUGUGCAGGGGGUAGAGGACAUGAUCCGCCUCGGGGAUCUCCAUGAAGCUGGCAUGGUGCACAACCUCCUCAUCCGACAUCAGGAGCACAAAAUCUAUACUUACACAGGAUCAAUCCUUGUAGCAGUGAAUCCAUACCAGCUGCUGCCCCUCUACACAGUGGAUCAGAUCAGACUCUACUGUAACAAGAGGAUUGGAGAGCUUCCACCCCAUGUCUUUGCCAUUGCAGAUAACUGUUACUUCAAUAUGAAGAGGAAUAAGAGAGACCAGUGCUGUGUGAUCAGUGGAGAAUCUGGAGCUGGUAAAACUGAAAGUACAAAGCUAAUACUACAGUUUCUGGCAGCUGUCAGUGGCCAGCAUUCCUGGAUAGAGCAGCAAAUCCUAGAGGCCAACCCCAUUCUGGAAGCUUUUGGAAAUGCCAAGACAAUUCGAAAUGACAAUUCAAGCCGCUUUGGGAAAUACAUUGAUAUUCACUUCAACCAGAGUGGUGUGAUAGAAGGAGCCCGCAUAGAACAGUUCCUCCUGGAGAAGUCCCGGGUCUGCCGGCAGGCUCCAGAGGAGAGGAACUAUCACAUCUUCUACUGCAUGCUAAUGGGGAUGAAUACAGAGCAAAAAAAGAUGCUGAAUCUGGGCACUGCUUCAGAGUACACUUAUCUCACUAUGGGUAACUGCACGUCCUGCGACAGCCGGAAUGAUGCCAAGGAUUAUGCCCACAUCCGCUCGGCGAUGAAGAUCCUCAUGUUCUCAGACUCUGAGCACUGGGACAUCAGCAAGCUGCUGGCUGCCAUCCUGCACCUAGGGAAUGUAGAGUUCCAAGCGGCCGUGUACGACAACCUGGACUGCUCUGAUGUGAUAGACUCACCACACUUCUCCAUCGCCACCAAGCUGCUCGAGGUGGACUCUAGUGAACUCCAGAACAGCCUCACAAAUCUCUCCAUCAUUGUCCGAGGAGAAAGUGUGUCCAGGCCUCUCAAUGUGGUUCAAGCUGCCAAUGGGAAGGAUGCCUUUGUGAAGGGUAUAUAUGGACGGAUUUUCUUGUGGAUCGUGAACAAAAUCAACUCAGCCAUUUUCAACCCAGCUUCUCAGAAGCCUAAAGACAGACAUCAAUCCAUUGGACUGCUGGACAUUUUUGGGUUUGAAAACUUCAGCAACAACAGCUUUGAGCAGCUGUGCAUUAACAUUGCAAAUGAGCACCUUCAGCAGUUCUUUGUGCACCAUGUCUUCAAGCUGGAGCAAGAGGAAUACCUUGCAGAGCACGUUGCCUGGAACAACAUUGACUUCACUGAUAACCAGCAGGCUCUGGAAGUCAUUGCACUCAAGCCCAUGAAUAUCAUCUCCCUCAUUGAUGAAGAGAGCAGGUUCCCAAAGGGCACAGAUGCCACCAUGCUUGUCAAAAUUAAUUCCCUCCAUGGUAAAAGUAAUGUCUACAUCCCACCUAAGAGUGUUCAUGAUACCAAGUUUGGCAUCAACCACUUUGCUGGGGUUGUCUUUUAUGAAUCAAAAGAUUUCUUGGAGAAAAAUCGUGACACACUGAGUGCUAAUGUAAUGCAAGUGGUCCAUUCCUCCAAAAACAAAUUCCUGAGAGAGAUUUUCCAGGUGGAAACAACCCCACCUAUUCUAGGACGUGGGACCAUUCGGCAUCUUGGAUCUGACCAGAUCUACAAGGGCUUGGAUACCACCAAGCGGCUCUCGACACUGGGAGGACAGUUCAAGCAAUCCCUGGAAAAGCUCAUGAAAAUCCUGGAGCAGUGCCAGCCAUACUUCAUCCGCUGCAUCAAGCCAAAUGACUACAAGAAACCACUGCUGUUUGAUCGGGAGCUGUGUAUCAAGCAGCUGCGCUACUCGGGGAUGAUGGAGACCAUUCAGAUCAGGAAAGCUGGGUACCCUGUCCGCUACAGCUUUGAGGAGUUCUUUGAGAGAUACAGAUUUCUUCUGCCAUGGUCUCUUCGACAAAAGCUGAAGAAUGAUACUCGACAGAGCUGCAUCAGCAUCUCCCAAGCAGUGCUGGGCAAGGAUGAAAGCUGGCAAGUUGGAAGGACCAAGAUUUUCCUUAAAGAUCAUCAUGACACUGUAUUGGAGCUGCAACUCCAGAAUGUACUCACAGAUAAGGUUCUUCUUAUCCAGAAGGUGAUGAGAGGAUUGAAGGACAGGAAGCAGUUCCUGAAACAGAGGAGUUCUGCUGUAGCCAUUCAGUCAGCCUGGAGGGGCUACUGCUGCCGGAAGGAGUUCAGAAUGGCGCUGCUGGGCUUCGGGCGGCUGCAGGCGCUGUACCGCGGCCGGCAGCUGGCCCAGCGCUACGAGGCCACGCGCGCGCGGAUCGUGGCGUUCCAGGCACGGUGCCGCGGGUUCCUGCUGCGCCACAGGCUGGCACAGCAGCACAGAGCUGCACGGGUCAUACAGGCCUAUGCCAGGGGCAUGCUUGCUCGCCAGACCUACCAGAGGAUGAAGAGAGAGAACAAGCUGGAAGCCGGGAAUAUCCAAGUCCUGGGACCAUUGAAAGGAAGGGAGGAAGCCAUGAGAUUACAAAAGGAACACCAGACAACUCAGGAGAGAGAGGAAGCAGAAGCAAGACAAAGGAGGAACGUGCUUGGCAAUAAACCAACAAAUCAUGAUGUUAUCAGCGACCAAGAAAUGGUGGACAAAAUUUUUGGGUUUUUACCUUCUAUGAUUGGAGGCCAAGAAGGACAGGCUCCUCUGGGUUUUGAGGACUUGGAAACAAAGCCUAACAAGCUGGAGGAAGUGGACCUGGACAUGAUUCCCAUGAGUGUGGAGCUAGAAGAGGAAGCACAUGGUUUGGAAGAAUACACCUUCCCCAAGUUUGCAGCUACUUAUUUCCAGGGGUCUUCCACACAUACACACAUCCGGAGACAGCUGCGGCACCCGCUGCUCUACCAUGAUGACAAGGACAACGUCCUGGCUUCUCUAGCUGUGUGGGUGAUCAUCCUGAGGUUCAUGGGGGACCUGCCAGAGCCAGCAAUGUUUGCCAAGAGUGCCACCGCCAAGAGCAGCUCCGUGAUGACACAGAUAUAUGACACACUUGGCAGGAAAAACCAGGUCCAGUUGAGGAAUGACAGCCCAAAUAUGAGAGAAGGCAGAAGGGAUAACAAGAUUUCUAAGGGGAUUUCAUCCCUGAAACUGAAACGGUCAUCCAAGCUGACAGGGAAGGUGACAGAGCAGCUACGAAGUGGAGAAGAGGCUUUCCAAGAGGACAUCUCAGUCUCUCAGAGACCUAUGUCCAACCUAGAAAAAGUACACUUCAUUAUUGGCAAUGCAAUUCUGCGUCCUGCCAUCAGAGAUGAGAUUUACUGCCAGAUUUGCAAACAACUCACAGAAAACAGCAACAGGAGCAGCUAUGCUCGUGGCUGGAUCCUUCUGUCACUUUGCCUUGGCUGCUUUCCUCCUUCAGACACGUUUGUGAAGUACCUGUUGAAUUUCAUCCACCACGGGCCCACGGGCUACGCUCCGUACUGUGCUGAGCGUCUGAGACGCACCUACAGCAAUGGGGCCCGGACUGAACCUCCCAGCUGGCUGGAACUUCAGGCAACAAAGCAGAAGAAACCCAUUAUGUUUAAUGUCACCCUGAUGAAUGGCCAAAGCAUCACUGUCCCUGCAGACUCUGCUUCCACUGCCAAAGAGAUCUGUCAGUUCAUAGCAGAUAAAAUCAAACUGAAGGAUAUCUUUGGAUUUUCACUCUACAUUGCUGUGUUUGAUAAGGUGUGGUCGCUGGGCGGGGGCCGGGAGCACGUGCUGGACGCCAUCUCGCAGUGCGAGCAGCUGGUGAAGGAGCGCGGCACCCACGAGCGCCACGCGCCAUGGCGCCUCUACUUCCGUAAGGAGAUCUUCACCCCCUGGCACAGCUCCCGCCAGGAUCCCGUCAGCACCGACCUCAUCUACCACCAGGUCAUCCGGGGCGUUCGCUUUGGAGAGUACCGCUGUGACAAGGAGGAAGAUUUGGUGGAGAUAGGCGCAAAAUAUUGUUAUAUCCAAUUUGGAGAUACCAUCCACAAUGAACUUGUGCAGAAGGCGCUCCAUGACUGUAUUCCAGUAAAACAGCUGAAGUCCAAACCACUGGAAAAGUGGGUGAGCCUUGUAACCUAUGCACAUGCUAAGGCCCCAUACACACAGGACCAUCUCUCCUCUCAGACUGUGAAGGAGCAACUUGUAGAUUUUGCUCGCUUUCAGUGGCCUUUGCUUUUUUCCAGAUUCUUUGAAGUCACUAAGUUUUCAGGACCCAGCUUGCCUAAGAACCACUUCAUUAUUGCUAUAAAUUGGAAAGGCAUCUGCUUCUUGGAUGAGUCAGAAAAGCGGCUCCUUGAGCUGACCUUCCCAGAGAUAACUGGCAUCCACACCAACAGGGCAGUGAAGUCAUUUGGACAGAGCUGCACUCUCAUCACGCUUCGUGCCGAGGAGUUUGUUCUGACAUCUGUAAACAGCGUUGUCAUUGCUGAACUGGUGGUGAUGUUCCUGGAAGGACUGAAGAAAAGAUCACAAUUUGCUGUAGCAAUGCAUGAGAAGAAAUCCCAGGAUGAUCCUGGCAUCCUGUCCUUCAAGAAGGGAGACUUACUAAUCUUCACUGAAGACAAAAGCCUGGAUGCAGACUCUGGCUGGAUCUGUGCCCAGAAUGAAAGGACAGGCAAAACAGGGAAUGUAUUUUUGGAAGACAUCUACAUCAUUCCUUCCCUCACAAAACCCUCUAGUCAAGUGCUGAGUUUGCUGAUGAUGUCUCCAGACCAGAGGAGGACAGCUUCACAGAACUCCUUCAUGGAGGAACCUGAUGAAGAGGAUAUGAAGGUGAAGCCUUACACUCUGGAGGAGUUCUCCUACGAACACUUCAGGACUCCUGAGAAGGAAUCCAUCAGCAAAGCUGUUCUCCAGAAAUCCCGUGGGCACAGUCAACUGUGGGCACAUUCCAAGGAGCCUCUGAAACAGCCAUUGCUGAAGAGAGCAUGCACAGACCCCGAUCUUCGGGAUUUGGCCUGUCAGGCCUUCAUUGCCAUCAUGAAGUUCAUGGGAGACUACCCCUCAAAACAGGCACACUCCUCCGUGGAAGUCACUGACCAGAUAUUUGUGCCAGCUAUCCAGGAGGAGGUUCUGAGGGAUGAGAUUUACUGUCAGAUUAUGAAACAACUGACUGAGAACAGAAACAGGUACAGCGAGACCAAGGGCUGGCAGCUCCUCUGGCUCUGCACUGGCCUCUUCCCACCCAGCAAGUCUCUGCUCAAACACGCCCAGAAGUUCAUAGAGACACGCCAGAAAGAAACACUGGCCCCGGGGUGCCGUCGGAGGAUUCAGACAGUAAUGAGGAGUGGCUGCAGGAAGUGGGCACCUCAUCCUGUGGAGGUUGAGGCCAUCUUACAGAACAACACUAAGAUCUCACACAAGAUUUGCUUCCCCAACGAAACAGAACUGACAUUUGAUGUGGGAACAAACACCAAAAUCCAGACUCUGUGUCAGAACAUUGCUUCCAAAUUGCAGCUGCACUCCUGGGAAGGUUUCAGCCUCUUUGUGAAGAUUGCAGACAAGGUGAUCAGUCAGAAUGAAGCAGACUACUUCUUUGACUCACUAAGGCAGGUGACAGACUGGAACAAAAGGAACAGGCCAGGAAAAGAUGGGGCUGCUCUGUCUGUGGCCUAUGAGGUGUACUUCAUGAGAAAGCUGUGGCUGAACGUCACUCCUGGCAAGGAUCUGAAAGCUGAUACCAUUUUCCAUUACCACCAGGAGCUGCCAAAGUACCUCAGAGGCUACCACAAGUGCUCCAAGGAUGAAGCUGUGCAGCUGGCAGGGCUGAUUUAUAAAGCGCGCUUCAACAACGACCGCACACAGCUGGCAGCCAUCCCCAAAAUCCUGAAGGAGCUGGUGCCAGACAAUCUGCUCCGAGCAGUGGCACCAGAUGAAUGGAAGAAGAGCAUUAUUGCAGCAUACAGUAAACACGAAGGAAAAACUGUGGAUGAGGCCAAGAUUGCUUUCUUGAAAAUGAUACACCGGUGGCCAACGUUUGGAUCAGCCUUUUUUGAGGUGAAGCAAGCCUCAGAGCCCAAUUUCCCAGAGAUUGUACUGAUUGCAAUCAACAAGCAAGGAGUGUCACUGAUACACCAGAAGACAAAGGAUAUUUUAGUAGUCUACCCCUUCAAUAAGAUCUCCAACUGGAGCAGCGGGAGCACAUAUUUCCACAUGACCAUAGGGAACCUGGUACGAGGAAACCGGCUCUUAUGUGAGACAUCUCUGGGUUACAAAAUGGAUGACCUGUUAACAUCCUACGUACGCCUGCUCAUGAAUGCUGUAAACAAGCAGAAGAACCUCCCAGCCUGA